AUGACUACCUCUCCCGAGUCCAUGCAAGCCCAGAUGGCAGCUUUGACCGCGCUGGUUCACAGCCUCGUUGAACAACGAGCUCCUUCAGCUCCCCAAGCUCGUCAGGCUCCUACAAUCCCCGCUCUCUCUCAACCUUCAGCUGCGGUCAUCUCCCUCCCUCCUGUCUUUCGAUCCACUCGCAACCUGGACGAGGACGAGGAGGAAGAAUCCGAACCGUCUCUUUCUCAACCACAACCGUCUACCAGCCAACGUCCCUCUCCUCAGCAUCAACCACCUGCCAGCUACUCGAACGCUGAAGCUCCAGGACGCCGUGUCGCAGCUCUUCUUGGUGCUCAGAAAAGCCAACCGUUCCUACGUCAGCUUGGUGCACCUUCGACAGGAUCGGGCACGUUCAAACAACAGAACCGGGGUGGCGGCUAUCAUCUUGGAGGACAUCCGCUGCAGCAGACUUCACGUCCUUCCAAGAAAGCUCCCAAGGAAGUUAAGGUGUGCAAGCUCAACAUGGUGGCUUUCAUUCCGGAUGGCUCGAUUGUUAGGGAUCGGUUGUCUGUCAGCUCGCCCAGAAAGGAGAAGUGGACUGGCUUCCGAGAAUACCUCUCUACCAACGGGUACAUGCAGCCGCUGCACCUCACCGACGGGAUGGGUCCCAAGGAUAUGGUAAAGCAUGUCGAAGACAUCUUUGCCAAGUCACUCCCGGGCGGAUUGCCCAAGCUUUGGCAAUGGGCUGCAAUUUCGCCUAAGUCCCACUUCUUUCACCAAUCCGGCAUGUUCUCUCCUUGGCAGACAACUCUCAUGGACAUUCGCGGGCACUUCCUAUCAUUGCCAUUCGUGUGCAUCGUACCGGAAAGCUGGGAGACGGUGACCCACAAGACCUUUCGCAGAGGAUUAGCAGAAGCGCUGGGCCGAGAUCCCGUCACAUGGGCAGACGAGCUGGCUGUGCCUAUGCCAAAGCUGAAGCAAGCGGUCAUUGAGCUUGAUGACGAGGAGUCGGGAGAGGAACGAGACAUGGCAGAGCCUGAAGGAGAUCCCAGGUGCGACGGGUGCGGAGAAGUGUACCCCGAUGAGCGCAUGAAACUUCAUGUUCAAUCAUGCAAGAAAUUGGGAAAGAGACCGGCUGGACGCAAGGCCAUCAUUGCUGAGGUCUAUGACGUUGAUGCAUACGAGGAAGCGGAUAGCCCGGAUGAGCCUGCUAUACUUGCUGUCUCCGACAACGCUAACAAAGUCUCGGAUGGAGACCUUCGGGAUGUAUGCAACCAGUACAUCAAGCAAUGGGGUAGGAAAAGGUUUGACCUCAUGGUCUCGUUGGUGAAGAUGGCGAACCCUCUCGUUGAGCCACCUGUGAACCCUAUCGCCGAGCCCCCCCUUGAAGUCGACACCGAGCAAUCCCCGCCUAUGACUCCAGAGGCAAGCCAGACACUCUGGGAACAGCUCUAUCAAGCACAGAUCCGAGAUCUGGGAACGGUGGUUGAGGAGGAGGAAGACGAGGAAGACCUAACUGAUCUGCCCGACCUGAACGAUGUCCCUGCUGGCGACUCCGGUCAACCGCUUGGGGCAAGCAUUUCCGAUGUUGGGGACUCUGAGACCUCAGCCGUGGCCCAGGCCGAUGCUGAGAUCGACGCCAUGGUAACUCUGCCUGUGCCUCAAGUCAGCACGCACAAGCGCAAACGUGCUGAAGAAGCGCCUGCUAGUCAAGCCAAAGCUGUUCGACGGUCUGAUCGCCCUCGUGUAGUCAAGACUUCAGGCUACAAGGGAUUAGCGUAG